AACAAAAUAUAAUUAAGUUAUAAUCGAAGUAUAGAUUGCGCUUUAAAAAAUAAAACACACCUAGGUUAUAACAUGACACCUCAUAAAUCGCAAAACCCAGCUCAAAGACGAUAUCCAUCGGCCAAGUAAAACAGCAAGAACCCUAUAUAAAUUCACAAAAAUUAUCAAUUUGCACCGCAAUCAUGCUAUUUUCGUAAUUAAAAACACUUAAAAACCCAAUAUUCUCUUCUCCUUCAAACCUCCUCUACCUUCACUCUCACCAAUGGAACGCUAAUAAAUACCCAACAAGAACACAACUUUCUCUCUCCUCUUUCUCUCAAAAUUACCCCCAACAAACCCAUUUAAUUUCCUCAAAUUUCCCAACAUUUAUAAACCCUAAUCAGGUUAGUUUCGUACUUCACCAGAUCCCUUUCUCACCCCUCAAUUUCACACUAAAAAGUUGAAAUUUUGUUAAUGUUUUAUUAAUACAGUUUGAAUUCAUGAUAAAACUCGGAACUUAGGGUUUAAGAUUGAUUAUUUUUUGUAGGGUUUUUGUGAUGAAUUUGUUGAUUAAUCCAGAAAUGGAUGACCUAGAAAAAGCGAUUUUGAUUACUUUUGAUGAAUCUGGGACUAUUGAUUCUGUGUUAAAGUCUCAAGCAAUUGAGUAUUGUCAACGAAUUAAGGAAAACCAGACAAUUUCUUGCAUUUGUGCUCAACAUUUGUUUACCAGUAAAUUUGCGCAAGUUCAGUUCUGGUGCUUGCAAUGCUUGCACGAUGGCGUUCGAGUUCGUUACUCGUCGUCGAUGAGUGUCGAAGAGAAGGAAUUUAUCCGUAAAUUGGUGUUCGCAAUGGCUACUUAUGACGGUUUUGAUGAUAAUAGUAAGAAUUUAGUUAAGGUUUUAGAUAGUCCUGCUUUUAUUAAGAAUAAACUUGCACAAGUUUUGGUUAAUUUGAUUUAUUAUGAGUACCCUUUAAUUUGGCCUACUGUUUUUGAGGAUUUUAUUAAUCGUUUGCCUAAAGGGACAGUAGUUAUUGAUAUGUUCUGUAGAUUGUUGAUUGCAUUAGAUGAUGAAUUGAUUAGUUUGGACUAUCCCCGCAAUGCCGAUGAAGUGGCGGUUGCGGGCCGAGUUAAGGAUAAAAUGAGGGAACAAUGUGUUCCUCAGAUUGUGAGAGUUUGGUAUCAAAUUAUUAUGACGUAUAAGAAUUCGGAUUCUGAGCUUUGUGCUAGUGUAUUGGAUUCGAUGAGGAGGUAUAUUUCAUGGAUUGAUAUAGGUUUGAUUGCUAAUCAAAUGUUUAUUCCGUUGUUGUUUGAGUUAAUCUUGGUUGACGGGUUUCCUGAGCAACUUAGGAGUGCUGCCGCGGGUUGUGUGUUGGCUGUGGUGAUGAAAAGGAUGGAUUCACAAGCGAAGCUUAAUCUGUUAAAGAGUUUGCAGAUUAAUCGUGUAUUUGGUUUGAUAAAUGAGGAGACUGAUGUUGAGUUGUUGUCUAGCAUUGCCACUUUGCUUACUGGUUAUGCAGCUGAGGUUUUGGAAUGUGCAAAGAGAUUGAACUCUGAGGAAGGAAAGAGAGUUUCGUCUGAGCUUUUGGAAGAGGUAUUGCCGUCUGUAUUUUAUGUAAUGCGAAGGUCUGAGGUGGAUGCAACAUUCAAUACAGUGCAGUUUCUUUCUGGUUAUGUAGCUACAAUGAAGAAUCUGUCUCCACUAACUGAAAAGCAGAUGGUUCAUGUGAGUCAGAUUUUAGAAGUGAUUAGGGCACAGAUUUGCUAUGAUCCCAUUUACCGUCAUCACCUUGAUGUGUUGGAUAAAAUCGGGAUGGAAGAAGAGGACAGGAUGCUUGAAUAUAGGAAGGAUUUACUGGUUCUGCUCCGUAGUGUGGGGCGUGUAGCUCCUGAAGUUACUUAUUCAUUUAUCCAAAAUUCACUUGGUAAAGCUGUUGAUCCUACUUCUGAGAGAAAUGUCGAGGAGGUAGAAGCUGCACUUUCGCUUCUGUAUGCGCUUGGGGAGUCUCUGAGUGAUGAGGCAGUGAAACCAGGGAGUGGGCUUUUAGGAGUAGUGCUCACGCUUUUAUCAACAAGGUUCCCAUGCCAUUCUAAUAGGCUGGUUGCUCUUACUUACUUGGAGACUAUUACGAGGUACAUGAAGUAUGUUCAGGAGAAAGAAAAAUCUAUACCCGAGGCCCUGGAAGCUUUUCUUGAUGAAAGAGGUAUACGUCACCCCAAUAUUAUUGUGAGCCGGAGAGCAAGCUAUCUCUUCAUGAGGAUUGUGAAAUUGCUGAAAUCAAAGCUAGCUCCUUUUAUUGAGACAAUUUUACAGAAAUUGCAUGAUGUCGUUGUUCGAUUUACAAGCAUAAGUUUCUUAGAUAAGGUGAUGAUUGAAGCUGAAGAUGGAAGUCACAUAUUUGAGGCAAUUGGCAUUCUGAUUGGGAUGGACUCAGUGCCCCAUGAGAAGCAAACUCAUUAUCUCAAUUCAUUACUCACACCCUUAUGUCAGCAGGUGAAGACAUUAAUAGAAAAUCCAGAAGAUUCUGCAACAAAUAUUUUAAUCAUUCAGCAAAUCGUUGUGGCUAUAAAUGCACUCAGCAAGGGUUUUAAUGAACGUCUUGUAAUUGCCAGCCGUCCAGACAUUGGUUAUAUGUUCAAACAGACAUUAGAUAUACUACUCCAAAUCCUUGUUGUCUAUCCAAAAGUGGAGUCCUUGCGCAGUAAGGUAACAUCAUUUAUCCAUCGCAUGGUUGAAACUUUGGGCGUGUCUGUAUUUCCUUACUUGCCAAAGGCAUUGGAGCAGCUGCUUGCAGAGAUUGAGCCAAAGGAGCUGGCUGGAGUAAUUGUGUUACUGAAUCAACUUAUAUGCAAAUUCAACACCAAGGUUCUUGACAUUGUGGAUGAAGUAUUUCCAACUAUUGUUGCGAGGGUAUUUUCUGUUAUUCCGUUGGAUGAAAUUCCUUGUGGACCAGGUAGCAUUACAGAGGAUGUUCGUGAAAAGCAGGAACUUCAGAGAACAUUAUUCACAUUUUUCAAUGUCAUAGCCACACAUGAAUUGUCUUCAGUUUUCAUCUCUCCUAAUGCCAGAGAGUAUUUAAAUUUAAUAAUGCCGCUGCUAUUGCAUUCCUCUUGUAAACAUAAGGAUAUUACUGUGAGAAAGGCAUGUGUGCAGAUAUUUAUCCAAUUAAUCAAAGACUGGUGCACUGGUUCAUAUGGAGACGAGAAGGUACAUGGCUUUCAGAAUUUUAUAGUGGAAACCUUUGCAGUAGAAUGCUGCCUCAACAGCGUGUUGGAUAAGUCUUUUGAGUUUCGAGAUGCAAAUUCUCAUGCAUUGUUGGGCGAAAUCAUAACAGCCCAGAAGGUCAUAUAUGAGAAGUUUGGUGAUAACUUUCUUUCUGAGUUUUCCAAGGGUUUACAAGCUAAACACUGCUCCCAAGAAAUGGCUGAGCAGUAUUUUCAGAAAUUGCAGAGCAACGAAUCCAAAGCUCUUAAAUCAUUCUACCAGUCCCUCAUAGAGAACUUAAGACAGCAUCAGAAUGGAAGUCUUGUUUUCAGAUAGCAAUUUCGAAGGAUGAUAUGACUAUUGAAGUUUCUUAUCUCAUUUUAUCCCAAUUAUAGCUCCUCCUUUUGUCCGUACAGGUUUUUGUGAUUGUAUAUAUUUAUGGUAUUUGUUCACUGGAUCAUGAGGUGUAAAUUCCGGGAAGCAGUUUUGUUGUUUUAAUAUGGAAAGCGUGAAGCUCAUUGUAUGUGAAAGUGGCAUUUUAUUCUACUUACGCUUCUGAAGUUUCAUCCCAAGCUGAAUCAACCUAUCAUAUAGCCAUCAGUGUGAGUUAGCAAGAACUCGAUUAUUUGGUUAGCUAGGUUGGGUGUUUUGUUUAUAUGUCUACAAUAUGUUGUGCCAUUUGGGCAUUGAAAGAAAAAGGAAUAGAAAAGUAAUAAUUUUUUUUUAAAAAAGGGCAAGCAAUAUAUUUCAGCUUUAGUUCUUCUGGGCUAUAGUAGGAUCUGUAUUCAUCUGACGAGAAUUUAAAGUGCAAAUUAGCGUUAUAGAAGGCAUUCUUUGUAUUUGUGGGAUAUGUGAUCCCAUAAAAAAAUUUUGUUCAUUACAUUAGACUAUUAAUAGUAAUGUAGUAUAGUUGAAUUAAUCUUA